AUGACUUCCCCACCUCAAGAUCCCCAGACUUUGCUGAGCGCAUUACUGUCCACAAUCGAGAAACAAAUCGUGCCCUUGACAGCCAAGGGCGUCGCCUCUGGGAGCAAACUCUUUGGCGCCGCCAUCCUGUCCAAGGCGAACCUGGCGCCCUUGACCGUGGCCACCAACAAUGAGCGGGCGUCGCCGCUGCUGCACGGAGAGAUCAAUUGUAUCCAGCAGUUCUUUAGCAGCCCCACCGUUGCCGACGGCACCUUGCCGCGGCCGGCCACAAAGGACUGCGUCUUUGUCACGACGCACGAGCCUUGCUCGCUCUGUCUGAGCGGCAUCACCUGGUCCGGUUUCGAUAACUUUUAUUAUCUCUUCACCUACGAGGACAGUCGGGAUCUGUUUGCGAUUCCGUACGACAUUCAGAUUCUCGAGGAGGUAUUUCGGGUCAAGGCUGCGGGCGAGAGCGAAGAGGCCCUGACUAAACGGGAGCUGUAUAAUCGACAGAACAAGUUCUUUACAGCGAAGAGUUUUGCGGAUCUCGUUGCCGAGAUUGACAACGAGGACGAGAGGACAAAAUGGGCAGCUGAGAUUGCGAGGGUAAAGGGAUUGUACAAUGCACUGAGCCAAACAUAUCAGGAAGGGAAAAAGGAAGGUGUGGAGAGCGCCAGUGUGUGGAAGUGA